AUGUAUUGCUUUCCGAAUAUGACCCAGCGUUCGGACCCGGCCUUUCAACGCAGAAUUGAAGACGCUCUGAGAGAAAUUGACGUCUAUAAGAUCAAUGUGUCCGAUCUAUAUGAACUCUUCCGCGAGAACCGUGAUGACGUCUUAAUGCACAGCGACAUUUAUGACAACAUUCGGAACACCGUGGACCAGAGCUUGGUCACCUUGGAGAGGGCGAAAGAACUUGUCGAUAAGCAGAGAGUGAAGAGUGCCUCUCGCUGGUGGAGAAAAGGUACCAUAUCAAAGAAAUGGAAGGAUUAUGAACAGUUACAGCGAGUGAUGGAAGAGAACAAUGGCAAAGUGCAGGACCAUCUUCGACAGGUGCAGGAUAUGGUCAAAAACAAAAAGCCUGCUUCUUUCGACCUAUUCGCCCCCCGACCCUACAACACAGUACCUUUUACUGAACCUUACGAUGAGGGUUGA